AUGGAUUUCUUUAAAAAUCUUUUCAAUCAUGAUCAAGCGAAGAAUGCACAUAAUCAAGUAUACGGUGGUAAUCAAGAUAACUCUUACGAUGAUCAACAACAAAAUCAAGGAUCAUUUACACAUGAAGCUAUAGCUGGUGCAGCUGGUUUUGCAGCUAUCAAAGCAUAUGAAGACCGUAUUCGAAAUUCAGGUGAACAAGUAUCUCAUCCUAUGAUGAAAGAAAUAUUAGCUGGUUUAGCUGCUGCUGAAGUUGAUAAAUUAUUUGAAACAAAAGGUUUGGAUUAUUUGGAUAGAGAAAAAGCGAAACGUAUGGCAAUACAGCAAGCUCAGCAAUUAGCGGAUGAGAAAUACGGAUCUGGAGGUGUGUUUAAUCCCAAUGGCUCUCAAGGACAAAAUCAAGGAUAUGGUGGAAAUAAUAGUGGCAACUAUCAACAAGACCAAUUUAAUGAUAAUAAUCAGGGAUAUGAUGGACAAAAUUAUGGAAAUCAAGGAUCAAGAGGUUAUGAUCAACAGAAUUAUGGUGGCGGUCAAGGACAACAACAGCAAUGGGGCGAUGGCAAUGAUCAACAGAAUUAUAGUGGCGGCCAAGGUCAGCAACGACAAUGGGGCGGUGACAAUGAUCAACAGAACUAUGGUGGUGGUCAAGGACAGCAACAACAAUGGGGUAAUGGUAAUGAGGAACCACGUCCUGAACAUCAUCGUCAUCAUCACCAACGACGAGAAGAAGACUAA